AUGUAUUUAAGUAUCAUUAUCUUACCUUUAUUAGGGUCUAUAGUUGCUGGCUUUUUUGGUAGAAAAGUUGGAGUUAGCGGUGCACAAUUAAUUACCUGUUUAAGUGUAAUAAUCACUACAGGUUUAGCUAUAUUAGCUUUUUUCGAGGUUGGUUUUAAUAAUAUCCCUGUGACUAUAAAUUUAUUUAGAUGAAUAGAUAGUGAGUGAUAUAACAUUCUUUGAGGUUUUCAAUUUGAUAGUUUAACAGUGGCAAUGUUAAUACCUGUAUUAAUAAUAAGUUCUUUAGUUCACAUAUAUUCAAUUUCGUACAUGAGCCAUGAUCCUCAUAACCAAAGAUUUUUUAGUUAUUUAAGUUUAUUUACUUUUAUGAUGAUAAUUCUUGUAACAGCGAAUAAUUAUUUAUUAAUGUUUGUCGGUUGGGAAGGUGUUGGAGUUUGUUCAUACCUUUUAGUUAGUUUUUGAUUUACUAGAAUAGCUGCAAAUCAAAGUUCUAUGUCUGCCUUCUUAACUAAUAGAGUAGGGGAUUGUUUUUUAACUAUAGGUAUGUUCGUCGUGCUAUGAACUCUAGGUAAUUUAGAUUAUGCAACAGUAUUUUCAUUAGCCCCUUAUAUUAAUAGUGAUAUAGCUACUAUUAUAGGUAUAUGUUUACUAAUAGGUGCUAUGGCUAAAAGUUCUCAAGUGGGUUUGCACGUUUGACUACCUAUGGCGAUGGAAGGUUUUUUUAGUAGGGCUUUCCUUAAACUUCACUAUAUGCAGGAACAUCCCGUUUUAAGUCUUGGUCCACUUAGAUUUAGUCUAUUCGGAAAAAUCCAAGAUCAGGGACAAUUUGCAGGAAAUUCGAUAAGAAGUUCCUCAGAGAUUACAAGUGAAGCUUUUAUGUUAAAAGAAAGUUGAUUUAAAUGAUGAUUUAUAGGUUUUGUAGAAGGAGACGGAUCUUUUAUUAUUAACAAAGAUGGGUAUUUAGAGUUUAGAAUUACACAAUCUAGCCCAGAUGCUCAAAUUUUAUUUAUGAUAAAAAAAGAAUUAGGGUUUGGAGUUGUUAGAAAACAAGAUUCAGUAAGAAAUACUCAUUGUUAUAGAGUUAGAGAUAAAAAUAAUCUAAUUAAACUAAUUUCUAUAUUUAAUGGAAAUAUUUUUCUUGAUACUAGAAAAGAACAAUUUAAAUUAUGAUUAAAUGCGUUUAAUUUAAAAUAUAAAGAAAAUAUACCUCAUAUAGAUAGUUCAUUUAGACCUAAUUUAGAUAAUGCUUGAUUAUCUGGUUUUACAGAUGCUGAAGGAUGUUUUACUUGCUCCGUUUAUGACAAUAAGUCUAAUACUGCUAAAUUAGUUAGAUUAAGAUAUAUUUUAUCUCAAAAAGGUAACUCUAGUUGUAUGGAAUAUUUAGCUGAAAUAUUAGGAGGUAAAAAACAUUUAUUAAAAAGUUACGAAGGUUACAAUGUAACAGUUAAUACCACUAAAUUAUCUCCUAUUGUACAAUAUUUUAAUCUUUAUCCUUUAAAAACUAAAAAGUAUAUUACAUAUUUUAACUGAAUAAAAAUAUAUAAGUUAGUAAUAGAUAAAAAACAUAAUGAUCCUGAAAAUUUAUUAUUGAUUAUGAAAUAUAAAAAUAACAUUAAUAAAUCUGAUUAUAAUAAAUAA